CAGGAAACACAACAUAUUUUAUGUUUAACAGUAAAACCAACAAAAUUGAAGCAUAAAGAUAUUCUCUAAACCCAUGGAAGCGUGCGCCGAAAUGAGAACAAAAUAAAUAUACAUAUCGUACGAACACAUUACCUUAAAUAUAGACGUAGCGAAUAAGUAGCUGCGUCAAUGCGAAUAUAAGCAAAAGCGACAAAGGCAAAGGCAAAAUACGGACAACUAUUGAACAACAACAUCAACGGCGAUAAAGGAAUGGUCGCUGCAUUUGUACGAGUAGUUCUCUAAAAUGAACUGUACUAACAAUAGUACAAGAAAUUUGCAGAGAUUCUAAAUUAGAUGUGAGGGCACCUAAUGCGUUGAGGCUGGCAGCCACACUAUGCACAAUUGGCAGUGAAAAUUCAAAGUGAACGGUUUAAGCAAAAAUUUGACCGAGCAUUCGUACAACUGAUUUUAGCAAGAAAUUGCAUAAGUACUCAUAUUUUUUGCACUAUUUUAACCGUUAUGGAUAGCAAACAAAAGAAAACCCGCCAACGCAAUAGACCAAGAAAUAAAGCGAAUCGCUUAAAAGAGGAAAUUGCUCAGACAUUGAAUAGUGAAUUAAAUGCAACCGUUGAAAGCGUAACGGUGAAGGAAAAUCCUGUAAAUAUAGUGGGUCAACAACCAACACCUGUUAAAGAAUGUGUCAGUGAGAAUUACAAACAGCAAACACAGGCCACAACGAGUGAUAGUCAAUCAGACAAGAGUCUGCGAUUACUACAACAAAUGAUGCGUAAAAAGCUACUACAGCAGCAGCAGCAGAACGAAAAAGUUAAUACGGAUACAAAAGACACCGCAAAGAUUGAUAAAAGCAAUCAAAAGAGUGGUGCGAAUGUGAGCAAAGUCAAAGAGAGUGCUAAAACCGGAAAUGUUAAAACGGGAGCGCCAAAGAGAAGUUUACCAGAUAAUAAUUUACACGAGCAAAGUGCAUUUGUUGCUAGUUUGCAAAAGAAACUAGAAAACUCAGUGGCAAAUGGCAGCACCGAUUUACCCAAUACGUUGUUGGAAAACCUGCAAAAAUUACUCCAUGAGGGUCCCGUAAGUGAUGUUGAGUCCUCAGAUGAUGAGGAAGAAUACAUCGAGUAUAUUUAUAGACCCCGGCAAUAUUUUCUGGUAGCGCUCUGUAAUUUUUGUAAAAAUGAGCUGAUUGCCGAAACGAAGAUGCCCUGCAGUCGCUGCAAAUUGGCGUAUUACUGUAAGAGCGAGCAUAUGAAGUGUGACGCGCAGCAUCGGCAGAUUUGUUAUGCCUUGCAACAGGUGGCUGACAACUGUGCUGGUCACAUUUUCCGUAAAUGCGGUGAGUUCACCGCUGAACAAUUUCGCUCCUAUCGCAUUGUUAUAAUACGCCAAAUAGAGUCAAUAAUAAAUCGCCCUUUGACAGCCACCGAACAAGAGGUAAUAUUGUUCCCACGGAUUUGCAACAAUACAACCUGCCGUGAAUACGAUUUCAAGAAACUUGUGGACUGUGAACAUUGUGGACAGGUCGCAUAUUGUCGCGACAAGCCAGAACAUUUGAACAAAUCCCAUCGAGAGUGGUGUAAAUCAUAUCAACUAUUCAAGAAACUGGAGUUAAUACAGGCCAAAUUUGGCAAAGUCGAUCCGUCCAUGCCGAUGAAAAUACUCCGUGACAUACCAGGCGCCUGUUGUAAUACUAAACAGAUUCUGAGCAAAUUAGACUGUGCCGUGCAGGAUGAUUGUGAAUUCUCUGCGCUUAGUCAAAUUUCUACGUGCCCUUUGACCGCUUGGUAUGCUUUGAAGUUAUGUGGGCAUUUGAAGAAGUCUGAAGAAAUUACUGUACAUCUCAUCGGUGCUGAAAUCGAGUUCGAAGUGGAUGCUUUACACAAAUGGGAAGUAUUUUUUUUGCACAUUAAUUCGAAUACCAAAAAACUGAAUGUAGUUUUUGUCGGACCGGAGUUAAAUCCGAGUAAUGUGCCCUUUGAACAAUUGUCGAAAACAAAGUGCUGCAGAUCCUGUCGUAAAUCGCAACGCACAGUAAAUUAUCGUUUUCAAAAUCAAUUGUACCAUGAAUACUUCAACCUGCCAACAUUCAUGCCACCCGAUUUAAUUUGCUUCUUCAACGCUGGCCUAUAUCGUUACAAUGGUUUUCAAAUGGAGGAUACUUGGCCCGAAACCAUUCAUAUAGCCACGAAUAUAAAAUGUCCCAUUGUGGUAACUUCCUAUACAGCGUAUGAAGCACCUCUCGACAUUUCGCGGCUGCUUCAAGAGUCCAGUCGUAGACUUAAUGUGAUUUUACCACCAACUUUGAAUCCAUUUGCUUCUAAGAAGCCAGAGCGCAACUUCAUUUCCGAUGAGGAAGCACCAUUGAUGUUUAAAAACUAUUACUGCUUUCUAGUCGAAUAAAU